AUAGCUGCUCUCUGCUCUGGAAUUUCCCCGUCGGCCGUCAGUCGCUGUCCGUGUGCUGUCCAGUCCGCUUCUCUGUCAGUCUUCCGAGAGUCAACUAUUUUUGGAAAGUACAAUGGCCGCCCAAGAGGAACGCACCUUCAUUGCUAUCAAGCCCGACGGUGUCCAGAGAGGACUCAUCGGAGAGAUCAUUAAGCGCUUUGAGCAGAAAGGCUUCAGACUUGUGGCAAUGAAAAUGCUUCACGCAUCAGAGGAGCUCCUGAAAGAGCAUUACAUCGACCUUAAAGACAGACCGUUCUACUCCGGCCUGGUAAAAUACAUGAACUCCGGUCCCGUUGUUGCCAUGGUAUGGGAAGGCCUUAAAGUAGUGAAGACUGGCAGAGUAAUGCUGGGCGAGACCGACCCUGCAGCCUCCAAGCCCGGUACCAUCCGUGGUGACUUCUGCAUUCAGGUUGGCAGGAACAUCAUUCACGGCAGCGACUCGGUGGAGAGCGCUAACAAGGAGAUCAGCCUGUGGUUCAAGCCAGAGGAGCUGGUGGCUUAUAAGAGCACAGCCCAUGAUUGGAUCUACGAGUAACCUGGUGCCCUCGGGAGCCUCUGUGCUUGACCUCCCUCUCUUCCUGCCCAUCUCCUUUCAUUCCAGAGAAUGUAGACCUGGGAGCAACAUUUGUAUUGUCCCUUUUAUGAAUGCAGAGCACUUACCAAUAAAACCAUGGAGACCCAG